GUUGUAGUCCUGGAUCUGGAUCCACUCCUGACUCCGUCUAUCUGAUCAGUUAUUGAUCUGUGAGUCGGGUGUGUUCCCCGCGCUGGUGUGUCUCGGUCUUUCCGCUGGUCUUCUCCGUCAGCUCGUGGUAACAUCCUGCAGUGGGAACAUGCUCCGUGUGAGGGCGGCGGUGGCUCUGUCUCGGCGGGGGUUGAAAACGUUCCCCUGUGCAGCUGUGGAGGUAAAAAAUGAGCCGAUCCUGGGCUUCAAAGAGGGGAGUGCAGAAAGAAAAGAGCUGCUGAAGGCCUUGGACGGUCUGAGGGGGAAGACGGAGGAGAUCCCAUGCGUGGUUGGAGAUGAACAUGUGUGGACCAAAGACAUCAGAUACCAGUUAUCCCCGUUCAAUCACUCGCAUAAAGUGGCGAAGUUCUGCUACGCUGACAAGGAGCUGAUAAACAAAGCCAUCCUGGCGUCUGUGGCGGCGAGGAGGGAGUGGGACCUGAAGCCCGUCCAGGACAGAGCCCAGGUCCUCUUCAAGGCAGCCGACGUCAUCAGCGGACCCAAGAGAGCAGAGAUCCUCGCCAAGACCAUGAUUGGACAGGGUAAGACGGUGGUCCAGGCGGAGAUCGACGCCGCUGCAGAGCUGAUUGACUUCUUCAGAUUUAACGCCAAACAUGCAGUCGAGCUGGAGAGACAGCAGCCGUUAGACGCAGACGGAAGCACGAACACCAUGCUGUACCGCGGGCUGGAGGGUUUUGUAGCAGCUGUGGCUCCUUUUAACUUCACUGCUAUCGGUGGAAACCUGGCAGGUACCCCAGCUCUGAUGGGUAACGUAGUUCUGUGGAAGCCCAGUGACACCGCCAUGUCUGCGAGCUACGCCGUCUACAAGGUCCUGAGGGAGUGCGGUCUGCCCCCAAACAUCGUCCAGUUCCUGCCGGCAGAUGGUCCAGUGUUCGGAGACACAGUCACUUCCUCUGAACAUCUGGCAGGCAUCAACUUCACCGGCAGCGUCCCGACGUUCAAGCGCUUGUGGAAACAGGUCGCCCAGAACCUGGACACCUACAAGACUUUCCCUCGCCUGGCAGGAGAGUGCGGCGGGAAGAAUUUCCACUUCGUCCACAGUUCUGCGGAUGUUCAGAGCGUGGUGAUGGGGACGGUUCGCUCGGCGUUUGAGUACGGAGGUCAGAAGUGUUCGGCCUGCUCCAGGAUGUACGUACCGGACAGCAAGUGGCCGCAGAUCAAACAGGGACUUCUGGACAUUCACAGAAACAUCAAAGUGGGAGACCCUGUGGAAGACUUCAGCACCUUCUUCUCAGCUGUGAUAGAUGAAAAGUCGUUUAGUCGGAUAAAGAAGUGGCUCGAUCACGCCAAGUCUUCUCCGAAUCUAAACGUCAUCGCUGGCGGAAACUGCGACGAUAAGAAGGGCUACUUUGUCGAGCCGACCAUCAUCGAGACCAAAGACCCACAGGACGCCAUCAUGAACGAGGAAAUCUUUGGGCCGGUUCUGGCAGUUUAUGUUUAUCCUGAGAAGAACUACAAAGAGGUGCUGCAGCUGAUAGACAACACGUCCCCGUACGCUCUGACUGGAGCUGUGUUCGCUCAGGACAAGACUGUGAUCGACCAGGCAGCUAAAGCCCUGAGAAACGCUGCAGGGAACUACUACGUCAACGAUAAAUCCACCGGCUCCAUUGUUGCUCAGCAGCCAUUUGGUGGCGCCAGAGCUUCAGGCACUAAUGACAAACCUGGAGGUCCACACUACGUCCUGAGAUGGACGUCUCCGCAGGUGGUGAAGGAGACCCACGUCCCCCUCAACGAGUGGAGGUACCCCUACAUGGGCUGAGAGGGAGUCCGGGACUGAAGCCUGCUGGUGCAAUCAGAGCCCUCCCUACUCCUUCUCUCCCUCCCUCCCUCCCUCCAUCAGCUCCAGGUGAUCGUCUGGUCACCUGCAGCAACAAAAACAACAACAACACACACUUAGAGACUUCUGCUGAAUGAAACGACGAGAGAUCCUCUCCUUGCCUGAUUCUUAGUCCGCCCACUGUCCCUCUGAGAAAAGCUUUGCACUGAACUUGGACGUGAAUGUAUCUGGAGCAGAAUCAGCAUCAGAACGGCGAGAACAUCUUCCAUCCACGCCUCCAUGAUCUCCCAUUUCAAACGGAGCGCUUCCUCUACAUCGUCUCAAACAGAUUUCAGCGUCUGGACAAGUUUUAGCUGCUCGUACGUUAAUCACAGAAAUGGAGAAUAAUCAGAACUGUUUCCCCCUCGUAUUUGGAGUCAAAGACAAAAUCUGUCUCUUGAUGUUCAACAGUAAAUAUAUACAUUUUUAAUCUGAGUCAAGUAAGAGCUGAAACAAUUAGUCGAUUCAUUUUUUUUUUUGGUCAUUUUUAAGCAAAGCUCCACUGGUUUCAGCCUCUUAGUUCUGAAUGUUUUCUGUUUUCUUUAGUCUCUACGAGGGUAAACUGACUCUUUGGGUUUUGAGCCGUUAGUCGACACAGUUUUUACUGUGUUUUGACGUUUUAUAGCCUGAACGAUUAAUCGAUUAAUCAAGAGAAUACCUGGUAGAUUAAUCGAUAACAGAAACAAAUUGUUA